AAGCCUUGGGUGGGAAUAUGUAAUUCACUUAUUUGUAAAAAAGUGUAAUUUAUGUCAUUAAGAGGAAAAAGGGUCUUUAGGAAAAAACUUGGGUGGGAACAUGUAAUUCGCUUAUUUGCAAAUUCUCUCGUCUGGCCAUAGUUUGGUUUCUCAGCCACGAAUUUCAUGCCCGCCUCGUGCAGGAGUAGGAUCAUCUUGCAGCACGUAUCCAUAUAUAUAUAUAUCAUCCUCCUCACUCCCACAAGGAUUCUGCGCCAUGAAACGUCAGUAUAAUCUUAAUAUUUUAUUUUAAUAAUCACAUCAAAUAAACGCAAUGCCUCCUUUCGAAUCUUUCGAUUUCAAAGAGAUUCAAGACAAGCUUUCCCAUUCUUUGAGACCUUGGCAACGCUCCUUUCAGUUUUGGGUUCGAGCUGUUGAUAUCUAUACUGGCUACAAGGCGUGUCAAGUUCGAGUUUGCUUCGUGAAAGAUUUACAGAAGCAAGAAGUAAUGUGGGAACAACAACAUGAGCUUGCUGCUCAGAAGAUUUAUGCAAUGUGCUCUGAACUUGGUGGCUUCUUUCUUAAGAUUGCCCAAAUUGUUGGGAAGCCUGACUUGGCCCCAGCUGCAUGGGUGAGAAGGCUUGUUACACUGUGUGAUCGAGCUCCUGCAACACCCUUUGAGGCCGUUCAACGUGUUCUGGAGAGGGAAUUAGGUCAAAGUAUUGGCGAAAUGUUUGAAAGCUUUGGUGCAAAUCCCAUUGGUUCUGCUUCUAUUGCACAGGUUCAUCGAGCAAGGUUGAGAGGUGAUAAUACUGAUGUUGUUGUAAAGGUGCAACAUCCAGGAGUUGAGGAACUGAUGAUGACAGACAUCCAUAACGUGCAAGCAUUUGCUUACUACUUGCAAAAGACAGAUAUUAUGUUUGAUCUACUUUCUGUGACAAAGGAAAUGGAGAAACAGAUUGGAUAUGAGUUUGACUUUGCAAGAGAGGCAGAUGCAAUGGAUAGAAUUCGGCAGUUUCUAUACAAGAAUAACAAAAAGUCUCCUGUCGUGGUGCCACGGCUACUGCAUGAUAUGGUUACCAGGAAAGUCUUAGUGAUGGAAUACAUUGAUGGGACCCCAAUCCUAAAUCUUGGUGAUGAAAUAGCAAAACGAGGAAUCAAUCCUGGUGGUAAGAUCGCAGCAGCAGCAAAGCAGAACAUACUGAAGAGUUUGACUCUAGCAUAUGGACAAAUGAUACUGAAGAGUGGAUUCUUCCAUGCUGAUCCUCACCCAGGAAAUAUCCUGAUUUGUAAAGGUUCCGAGGUUGCCUUGUUAGACUAUGGACAAGUGAAGGAUCUUCCAGAUAAGUUAAGGCUUGGAUAUGCUAAUUUAGUUCUUGCCAUUGCUGAUAGUGACCCUAUGAAAGUGAAGGAGAGCUUCAGGGAGCUUGGCAUAGGCACGGUGAGCAAAUGUGAGAAUGAACAACAGGAAUUGUUUAAGUUGGCCGAGACAUUGUUUGAUACAAAACUUCCUCCCGGAGUGACAAUGCUACAGCCCUUCUCAGAGGAAUCUUCAAUUAAAAAGAUUGCUGUUCAGUCUUUUCCAGAAGAGCUGUUUUCUGUUCUUCGCUCAGUGCAUCUUUUGAGAGGACUUAGUGUUGGUCUUGGAAUCAACUUCUCUUGUGCAGAACAGUGGAGGCCAAUUGCAGAAGAAGCUUUAUACGUUGCUGGAAGAUUAAGAGACAAGGAUCAAAAGUUCAGAGUUGGUCGGCAGCGUUUCUUUAGAAGAUCAAAUCGCAGACACUGAUUGCCUUUUUGGCAAGAGGUAGGCAUGAGUUAAUCACAUUGACCACUUUCAGUUCCUCCAGCAAGUGAGUGUAGCAACGGAGGAGAAUGGUAACCUUCAUGCUCGUGUUCAAAAUGGGUUGAAGCCAUUGAAACGAGCAAAAGUAUGUAAAAGUUUGGCAUGUAAUUCUAUUUUCAUGAAUGCAUAUUAUUAGUUUAUUUAUUUAUUUUUAACUCAACAAAAAAUAUAGACUAUAUCGAAUCGAAGAGCAGGCGAAGUCCCAGAUAGGAACCCGACUGGCUUAUCUAACAUCCUGUGUAUACAGAACGUUGGUUGAAUCUGAUCCUCAUUAUAAAUCUUCAAUUUUUUGCACAA